AUGACGAUAGUAGUGAGCUGGGAGGAUCCGAAUCCGGAAAGACGUGAGGAGAAUCGAGUCGACGGAACGGGAAGACAUUACAUCGUGCAGUACGGUCUCUACCAAACAGAUCAUCACGAGAAGCUGCGCGUGAAUGGGAGAAACGCGAAAUUGGUUAAUCUGUUGCCAGGAAGGGAAUACGAAGUGGCCGUGAAGGUGAUUGAUGGGAAUGGUCGUGAGUCUCCGUGGAGUAUCCGGGACAUUGUGCUCACCCCACAAGAUCAAAAAGCCGAGAUCUCGAGAUACGAUUGGAUUUGUGGUUUCGAGAAAGAUUUGUGUGGAAUGAAAACGAUUGGUGACACGAGAUGGGAGAGAAUCAAAGGACAUUUGAAAGCGAAUGCGGGUCAUUACGUGAUGUCGAUCAAUCCCUCACUCUCUCCAUCAUCUCAUUCUUCUCAUCUCAUCACACCGACGUUUCACAUGCAAAAAUCGCAUUCACUUUGCGUCAGAUUUUCGAUUCAAAUGAAAGAAAAAGAGGAUAAUGAUGCAAUAUUCUCCGUUUUUCUCGAAGAUGAGAGAACUUUCCGAAAAGAAGAGCUCAUCAAGAUUGAGACUGAGAAAAUGGAAAAAGAAAAAUGGAUUGAUUUUCGAUUGAAUUUGAAAGGAUUAAGGCCAGCAUUCAAGUUAGUCUACGAGUUGAAAUGGAAACACUCGGCGCCGAUGACGUCGCUCGAUUCGUUGGUCUUGUCGUCUGGAGUUUGCGGGGAUAAAGCCGGACUCCGACUACCGCCAUACACAACAUCAAAUUUGAAAGAAAGCACAAAAUGUUCAUUGAGUGGAGAGAUGGGUCUCUUGGGGAUUUGG